AUGACUCGCACCGCUUCCCAAAACAGGACCCGUACCCGAACCCGCCGUCUCUCCGCUUGUUACCGCCACCCGUCGGAGCCGGUCACCGGCAUCUGCGCCGCAUGCUUGCGUGAACGCCUCUCCGGUCUUGACCCGGAAACUUCUAUUAUUCCUACAUUCUUGCAUUCUCUCGAAAAACCAGAUGCUAAUAUUGGACCCGAACCCGAACCCGGAUUGUAUUCUCCGGAUCUCCGGCGUUGUAGGUCUGUUUCUACUGCCAGGUGUGAAGGUUCUAGUAGCUAUUCGGAGCCACGUCGGAGAUCUUGCGACGAUAGGUCGUCCCGGAACACCCUUGAAAAUCUAUUCGGAGUUGAUGACGUGGCGGGUGGGUCGCAUGCUAGUUUCAAUGUUGAAUCGAAGAACCUGGGAUUAACGAAUUUGUCUGAUAAUGUUUGUAAGUCAAUAGUUGAGCAUAAAAACAGUGAAGAAAUUAGGAUUCGAGCUGAUAUAGAAGAAGAUACUGAAGAUGGAGAGCUGAAGACAAUGAAAGAGUUCAUAGAUCUCGAAUUUCACACCAAAAUAAACAAAUCGAGGGAUCUUAAAGACAUUGCCGGGAAUUUUAGGGAAAAAGCUUCAGUCUUUAGCAAGAAAUUGCAAAAAUGGAGGCAAAAACAGAGGGAAAAGAAGCUUAAUAGUAGCAGAAACGGCAAGCUGAUAGGUUAUAAAUUAAAAGAUAAUGGGUCUGAGAUUGGGGAAUGUGCAAUUGGAAGGAGAUCUUGUGAUAUAGAACCUCGAUUUUCAGUCGAUGCUGGACAAUUGGAAGGGCCUAGGAUUUCAAUUGAUGAGCCUAGAGCUUCUUGGGAUGGAUAUAUGGUAGCCAGGACUAUUCCUAGGUUGACACCAAUGUUAUCAGUUGUUGAAAAUGUGCUUUUAGGAGGGACUGGAAAUGGGUUUGAUAAGCAUAGAUCAUCACUUGAUGGGCAAAUGCAGGCUAUAGUUGAAGAUGAGAGUAGUUCUUCAGGUGGAUCAGGGCAGUCCAAUUCGGAUUCUUCAUCAUCACAACGGGGAGGAAGUAGUUUUGAUAGGUCGAGUUCUGUUAGGAGUUUUGGCAAGAGGACAAUGGAUUUGGAGGUUAAUGAAGGCAAGUGUAUGGCGAAUUCAUCUCCUGCUCAUGUCAAGUUGGUUUUUACUGAGAGGGAAUUGAAAGAUUGGCACUUGAAUUCUAUCAACAAUGAGCAUUUGGCUAAGUUUGAGUCAUUUUCCAAGAAUGGAAUUGUUGCUGAAAGUUGUGGUACCAAUAAGGGGUUUAAGAAGUCUACUCGGUGGCGAGAGGUGUUCAAUCUCUUUGGUAACAAGCAUAAGGUCAAUAACAAGCGAGAAACCCGAAAAGGAGAAGGAGAAACCUUCAGUUCAGUCACUGAUAUUAAUGAGAAGCAAGUGGACAAGGGUUAUGAUGAUGUAAAAGAGGCUGCUCAGUGGAGGCUUACGCGCAGCAGCAGCAUAAUUGGGGCUAGAAAAUCCUGCAGCAGCUCUUACGUUCCUGCUAGGAAUUCCUGCAGCAGCACUUUUGAUCAGCCUAGGAGUUCGUUGGAUUUGACUGAACUAAACCGCAGUAAGAAGAAAGUUGCUGAAAGUGCUGCGUCUACAAACUUUGGCAGGGGUGCAUUUGUGCUGGAGAGGAACAAGAGUGUCAAAUGCUCUUCAAAUGACAUUGAUAAUGGUACGUUGCCAUUCUAUUUGAUGCCAUUGAGGAGUUCUAGGAGAUGUAAAUCCAGUGAGAACAAGUUAACGAAGCCCCUUUACGCCACUGGCAAUGUUUUGCACUGA